CAGUAUAAACCAACCAUGCGCUUUAAUAUUUAGAUCACUUGCUUAGUAUAAUUUUACAUUCAUUCAGAAUCGCACAAGCUUUGGACAAGUCGUGAUCGUGAUUUGUUGAUUUGCAAAAUGCACGGGAAGCUCUUUAUGUGCCUAUUGCUUGGCGUUACCCUUCUUGAUAAAAGGGCAGAAAGUCAAGGUGACCAAACGGAAGUAAUCAUCAGCCUUUUUGCAACUGACUUGAAUGGAUGCGAUGCACUUUCGGCCUGUGACGCUUUUGUUAAGAUCUUAUGCUCAACUGCAUCCUAUGACUGGAGGAACUGUGGACAAACUCGGGAAAUGACGGAUGACAAUUUUCCGGUUUGGCCAGAACGAUUUACUUUUCAGUACACCCAGUCGGAGCGCAUGCGUUGGAGAUUUGACGUAAUUGACAAAGAUGUUCUGUUUGACGAUCCAAUCGGUUCAGUGUCAGUCGUGGUUGAAGAAUUCUUGAAUGCAACGGAAGUUCAAUCCACCGUGAGAUAUGACUUGAAUGGAAGAGGAUCAUUUUUUGUACAUCGGCGAAGGUUGUAACUAAUUAUUUAUUUGUUUGCAUUUCAUCACGUGCAAACAAAGUUGUAUUCAUUCCAGAUCAAUAUGCCUUAAUUAAUUAAAAUUAUUAUUAUCAGCUCGGAUAAUGUACAUCCAAACUGAUAUCGUGCAAAUAAAUGACCUAUUCAGUAA